AUGAAGCAGCCCCUGAUCCUGUCCCUUCUCCUGCUGGGGACAGUUUCUGCUUUUCAUCUGGAGACUGCUCACCCCCAUCUGGAGACCCCAAAGGGACAAGAAGACCUGUGGCAGGAUGCAGAUGCUUCGAGGGAGCAGGGAGGAGAGUUGGCUGUGACCCAAGAGACACUGUUGACAAAGGGAGAGGCGGUUAAGUGUUCGGAGGAUGAGGAGGCAGUGGAGUCAAACCCAAAUGCCUUAGAUGAAAAUGCCACAUGCCCCAGAGAGGAGGAUGCAGUUUAUUUCCAGGGAACCCCUGGGUGCAAGAGCUGCCGCUAUGUGCUGGUGAGGACUCCCAAGACAUUUUGUAAGGCUCAGAGGGUCUGCAGGAGAUGCUACCGAGGCAACCUGGUUUCCAUCCACAGCUACAAUUUUAACUCCCAAGUUCACUGCUUGGCCAGGAAGAUCAACCAGUCAUACGUCUGGAUAGGAGGCAUCCUCAGGGGUUGUUUCUGGAAGAAGUUCCGAUGGACUGAUAGGAGCCGCUGGGAUUUUGGAUUCUGGGCCCCAGGGCAGCCUGGAAAUGGGGGAGGACGCUGUGUGACCCUGUGCACCAAAGGGGGCCAUUGGCGAAGAGCGUCAUGCAAAAGCCGCCUGCCUUUCGUCUGCUCCUUCUAAGAUGGAGCUAGACCCUACCUUGGAACCUCCUGUCUUCACAGCCCUGGCCACUCAUGUCCCAUCCUUUGGCACUCAGUUCUGUCCCCAGCCUCUCCUGGUCAUAAAGUCAGGCUUCCC